AUGGAGAAUAAGAAAACUGAGAAAUGCAAUAGAAAAAUCCAAAAUUUAAAAAAUAAUUGCCCGAAAGGAAGAAAAGUAAAAUCAGAAAAGCAGUUGAAUAAUGAUAAAAACAAAACAAAAGAUGUUGGUGUCUUUCAGUUAAUAAGGACUUUAUCACCAACAAAUCUCGAAAAAGCAGUAUCAAUUAAAAAUAAACUGGAUUUUGCCCACAGAAGGACAAGUUCCGCAACUAUAAUUCAACCGAGCUUUACAAAGAAAAUUGAUUUAUAUGAUAGUCAGCAUGAUAGUUGUAAGGCAAGCACUUGCAUAUCUUUAGAUGAAGAAACUGAAAAUGUCCAAGUCAUAGACUUCACUAAAGAAAUUUUUAGUAAAACUGAAAGUCAUAAUAUUUUCAAUGAGUUUUUCAAUGAUAUUGCUGAUAAAGAGAAUAGAAGUGAAAAACUCUCAUUUUUGCCAUCACCAAUGAGUGAUCAAAUUGAGUGGUUAUACCAAAAAUGGCAAUAUAAUAAUGAAAAUUUAAACAAAAAUCUGACAAGUUGCCCAAAGGCUAAGCAGAUUUUGAGAGAAAAAAUCCUUAUGUAA